AAGAAAGAGAAGACGAUAAAUUCCGAGGGAAAAUUUCCAUGUCAUAGCAUCCAAGGCCUCUCUUUCAAUGCUAAUCUUUGAAGUGGUUUUCUGUUUUCUCCAAUCUUGAUAACAUUUGGGUGUUGCAGAACCCACCACCUUCCGUAAAACCUGAAAGCUUCAGAUGGCUGCAGCUCCUGAUGUGAGGUUUGUCUUCCUGUCUUCUCUACUUCUCGUUUGCGUUACUUCUCAUUCAGUUUCUUCACAUCACCCAUCUGCACUCAAAAAGCAAGCUUCGACCCUGGUUGCCCUUAAACAAGCUUUUGAAGCUCCCCAUCCUUCUUUGCAUAGCUGGAAGGUGUCAAACUACAGGUCUCUCUGCUCUUGGACUGGCGUCCAAUGUGAUGAUACCAGCACAUGGGUAGUUUCUUUAGACAUAUCUAAUUCUAACAUUUCUGGUGCUCUGUCACCUGCAAUCAUGGAACUUGGAAGUCUUCGUAAUCUUUCAGUGUGUGGAAACAAUUUGGCUGGCAGUUUCCCGCCUGAAAUCCACAAGUUAUCACGCCUUCAAUACCUCAACAUAUCCAACAAUCAGUUCAAUGGAAGUUUGAACUGGGAGUUCCAUCAGUUAAAAGAGCUUGCGGUGCUUGAUGCCUAUGACAACAAUUUCCUCGGCUCACUUCCAGUGGGCGUGACUCAACUUCCCAAGUUGAAGCACUUGGAUUUUGGCGGCAAUUACUUUUCCGGAAAAAUCCCAAGAAACUAUGGAGGUAUGGUGCAGCUCACUUAUCUGUCACUUGCAGGUAAUGAUUUGGGUGGUUAUAUACCUGUAGAGCUUGGGAAUCUUACGAACCUGAAGCGGCUUUACUUGGGUUACUAUAACGAGUUUGAUGGCGGAAUUCCACCAGAGUUGGGAAAGUUGGUCAAUCUAGUUCAUCUAGACCUCUCAAGUUGUGGCUUGGAGGGUCCAAUUCCGCCAGAGUUGGGUAAUCUUAAACAUCUGGACACUCUCUUUUUGCAAACAAAUCAACUCAGUGGUUCCAUCCCCCCUCAGCUUGGCAAUUUGAGUAGCUUGAAAUCUCUUGAUCUUUCAAACAAUGGACUCACAGGAGAAAUCCCACUCGAGUUUUCGGAGCUCACUGAGCUGACUCUCUUGCAACUAUUCAUCAACAAGUUUCACGGAGAGAUUCCCCACUUCAUUGCAGAGCUUCCCAAGUUGGAAGUUCUGAAGCUUUGGCAGAAUAACUUCACUGGAACCAUUCCUUCCAAGCUUGGGCGGAAUGGAAAACUGAGUGAACUCGACCUGUCUACCAAUAAGCUCACCGGAUUGAUCCCCAAAUCGCUCUGCUUUGGAAGGAGGCUGAAGAUACUGAUUUUGCUUAACAAUUUUCUAUUUGGGCCUCUACCAGAUGAUCUUGGUCGAUGUGAGACUCUACAGAGAGUCCGACUGGGGCAGAAUUAUUUGAGUGGAUUUAUACCAAAUGGGUUUCUCUACUUGCCUCAGCUAUCACUCAUGGAACUGCAGAACAAUUACCUCACUGGGGGGUUUCCAGAAGAAUCAAGCAAGGUACCCUCAAAAGUUGGCCAGCUGAAUCUCUCAAACAAUCGAUUAUCUGGGUCUCUCCCGACUUCUAUUGGAAAUUUCUCAAGCUUGCAGAUUCUUCUACUAAAUGGAAACCGAUUCACAGGGAACAUUCCAUCUGAAAUAGGUCAGUUGAUAAGCAUCUUAAAGUUGGACAUGAGAAGAAACAACUUCUCUGGCAGAAUCCCUCCGGAGAUCGGGCAUUGUCUUUCACUGACUUAUUUGGAUUUGAGCCAAAAUCAAAUCUCUGGUCCAAUCCCAGUUCAAAUUGCUCAAAUUCACAUAUUAAAUUACCUCAAUCUCUCUUGGAACCACAUGAACCAAAACCUCCCCAAGGAAAUUGGGUUCAUGAAGAGCCUAACCUCCGUAGAUUUCUCCCACAAUAAUUUUUCUGGUUGGAUACCUCAAAUAGGACAAUAUUCAUUCUUCAAUUCCUCUUCCUUCGUUGGUAACCCUCAGCUCUGUGGAUCCUACCUGAACCAAUGCAACUAUUCAUCAGCCUCACCUUUAGAAUCCAAGAAUCAACAUGACACCAGCUCGCAUGUCCCAGGAAAAUUCAAGCUUGUUUUGGCUUUGAGUCUCUUGAUUUGUUCUUUGAUAUUUGCUGUUUUGGCAAUAGUCAAAACCCGAAAGGUGAGGAAGACUUCAAAUUCAUGGAAGCUCACAGCAUUCCAAAAGCUAGAAUUUGGAAGCGAAGACAUCUUAGAAUGCUUAAAGGACAAUAAUGUUAUAGGGAGAGGUGGAGCAGGGAUUGUCUACAGGGGAACAAUGCCGAAUGGGGAACAAGUUGCAGUGAAGAAGUUGCAAGGAAUAAGCAAAGGCUCUUCCCAUGAUAAUGGCCUUUCUGCAGAAAUACAGACGUUGGGUAAGAUUCGACACAGGAAUAUAGUGCGGCUGCUGGCAUUUUGUUCAAACAAAGAGACCAAUUUACUUGUCUACGAGUACAUGCCAAAUGGGAGCUUAGGUGAAGUUCUACACGGGAAAAGAGGUGGGCAUCUCAAGUGGGACACUAGGCUAAAAAUAGCCAUAGAAGCUGCAAAGGGCCUCUGUUACUUGCACCACGAUUGUUCCCCAUUAAUACUCCACCGAGAUGUGAAGUCCAAUAACAUCUUACUCAACUCCGAUUAUGAGGCUCAUGUAGCGGAUUUUGGACUCGCCAAGUUCUUGCAAGACAAUGGAACUUCAGAGUGCAUGUCUGCAAUUGCAGGCUCUUACGGUUACAUUGCUCCAGAGUACGCCUACACAUUGAAAGUUGAUGAGAAGAGCGAUGUUUACAGCUUUGGGGUAGUGCUGUUGGAGCUGAUAACAGGGCGAAGACCAGUUGGUGGGUUUGGAGAAGAAGGAUUGGACAUUGUUCAAUGGAGCAAGAUACAAACCAACUGGAGCAAGGAAGGAGUGGUGAAAAUCCUAGAUGAACGACUAAGAAACGUUCCAGAGGAUGAAGCAAUCCAGACGUUCUUUGUUGCAAUGCUGUGUGUCCAAGAGCACAGCGUGGAGCGACCGACUAUGAGAGAAGUUAUUCAGAUGCUUGCACAAGCUAAGCAACCCAAUACAUUUCAUAUGCAAUGACUUCUUCACAUGGAGAUAGCGCAAUUCUGUCAAGUUAAUUUAUAGUCUUUUAACGUGAUAGGUGAACCACUGACUCCAUAUUCCAGAUUGGGCAACUCAGCCAAGAGAGUCUAUAGUACACCAACACCAAAUUUGCUUCUUCUUCUUUUCUUUCCUUUAUCCGUCUGCUUUCCUUUCCUUUACCAGAGUAAAUAGCAUGUUCCUUCUUUGCACUAUUCAUGGUUUAGUUAGACUUCCGGGGGUGUUUCAGUCAUUUUCUUGUCAUGCAAGGCUGGAUAAGGUUGGUUGGCUGUAAUAUUUUGUCAACAUUUUAAUUCUAUGAGAAAAUAUGAUGGAAAUUGGUUUUGCUUAA